AUGUAUAUAGACUAUAACCAACCUAUUCUGCCGUACUCCAUCCCAAAUACUUUAAGAGAGAUUGUGCUUCCAUUUAAUUUUAACCAAAGCUUGACUUUCAAUACAGUCGAAAAUAAUGUACCAAAAACCAUCCCUUGCUUCCCAUCACAUGGCCUAAUUUCCCUUGACCUAGGUACUGAAUUUAAUCAAACGAUACCAUCUUUUGUUUUGCCUCAAACCCUUAAGACCCUAUAUCUAUCGGUCCAUUAUAACCAACCAUUAUUACUGGACGCAAUCCCCCAGUCGUGUACCUAUAUUUCAAUGGGCAAAGUAUAUAACCAUCCUCUGUAUCCAUGUGGCCUUUUUCCAAGCUCAUUAAGAACCCUGAUCCUCAGUGAUCAAUUUAAUCAUCCAAUAGAGUAUGGCCAGCUUCCAGAAACUCUCGCAGACUUACAAUUUGGUACCAAUUUUAAUCAAGAUUUACCCUUGGGCCUUUUACCAACUUUCUUAUUAAAGAUUUCUUUUGGCUCAAACUUUACAAGCAUUUUUGAACCAUCGCCAUUUACUAGAAAGAUUAAAUUCGGAGAAAACUAUCAAAUUACAAAUGAUCACCUAUUUCCAACAACUCUAAACGCUAUAGGAAUUAAGAACUCUGACCAUGAACAAUUACCAAAUGUUUAUAAAUUAAAAGUACACUCUAAUGUAAUAAACCCACACUUUUACCCAACAGAAUCCCUUAGACUAUUAGAACUGUCCAAUGUAUCGCUAUCACAAUUAGAAACAGGUUUCUUAACUAAUUUUAAAAAACUUCAAUUUUUAAAAUUUGGUGAUAAUUUCGAUGCACCCCUUAACGAAAACCAUCUCCCAAAAGACUCGUUGUUAUCUCUAGAAUUUGGUAUACCAUUCAAUCAACCAUUGUCAUUAAGUAAUAUGAAGAAAUUAAAAUACAUCAAAUUUGGUGAAAGAUAUACCUACAUCAACCAUACGAUCUUCCCCGAUUCCAUUCAAGCCAUUACCUAUGAUAGUAUUGCAAAUAUCAAGAUCCUUAGUGACUCAUUACCACAAUCAUUAGAAUUUAUUGAAUUAUCACAUUCAUUCUUUCAAAAACUAUCAAAUGACUGGUUACCAAAUAGUAUAAAAGAAAUAGUUCAUUGCGGAGAGCCAAUCAUCGAUCCAGACUUCUAUCUCAUUAAUUUAAGAAAAUUCUAUAUUAAUAGAAACAACCAAAGUAUAUUAAAUGAUAAUCUUUUAUUCGUUAACCAGUACUAUAACAUAAUCGAGGUUUUUAAACAAAAUCAAAAUAAUAUAAUUAAAAAAUUGUUAGAAUUUAAAUAA